AUGCCACAUCUGCGCUCGCACGGGCCACCACCACCAGUCAAGCAGUCAUCAUCUCAAUUGGGCCAAGGCCCUCAGGUUGCUUCUUCAUCCUCUUCUCGUUUUCCCAAUUUCGAUUCCACCCCGUUACCCACCCCACCGCCUACACCACCACCUUCACCAAACCGUUCACCUAAGGUUUCCCCACCCGAAAGCCCUACUUCUAGCACCUCUAGUAACCCAGUGACCGUAGAACCAAUGGCAAACCCUAGGCAAACCGUCCAUCAGCAGGCUACUCAGGAUUUUACCGGCCUUGCUUCACCCAUCACCGUCCCACCCAUAGUCAAUGACAACUCAUGGCAGAUUCCAUCUUAUGCCAUGCAAGCCAUCACCAAUUCCAUGGCCGGGACGAUGAGGACGCCCCGGCUCACAUAA